GAAAGCGUCUGCAGAAUUUCGGUAAAAUUUAUUCCAACCGAAAAGUUUUGUGCUGAGUUUGUUGAGACGAAUCAAAGGCAGCGCUUUCAUUGGUCAACAUGUCGCUAAUUUGCAGCAUAUCGAAUGAGGUACCGGAACACCCGUGCAUAUCACCGAAAUCCGGUGCCAUCUUCGAGCGACGACUCAUCGAGAAGUACAUUGUGGAGAAUGAGUGUGAUCCCAUCAACGGGCAGCCAUUGACGGCCGACGAAUUGAUUGAUGUCAAAACGCCACCAAUCGUACGGCCGAAGCCACCGAGUGCCACUAGCAUUCCGGCGACACUGAAAACGAUGCAGGAUGAGUGGGAUGCACUGAUGCUGCAUGCGUUCACCCAGCGGCAGCAGCUGCAAACUGCCCGACAGGAACUGUCCCACGCACUCUACCAGCACGAUGCCGCUUGUCGCGUCAUUGCUAGGCUCAACAAGGAAGUGGCUGCGGCACGUGAAGCAUUGGCCACACUGAAACCCCAAACUGGCAUUUCAGCCAUCCAGGCCGCUCCACAGCCAUCCAUUGCGGCGGAAGCGGGCGGCGUUGCGAUACAACCGGUCGAGCAGGCUGGCAUGAGUGUGGAAGUUAUUCAGAAGCUGCAGGAUAAGGCCACAGUGUUGACGCAGGAGCGUAAAAAGAAGGGACGCACCGUACCAGAGGAACUGGUGAGCCAGGAAAAGAUCCGUGGUUUCUUAACGCUCGCAUCACAUCCGGGUCUGCAUUCGGCCAGUGUUCCCGGUAUCUUGGCCCUCGAUAUUAAUCAUUCCGAUCAGAGCAAAAUUCUCACCGGGGGCAAUGACAAAAAUGCGACGGUGUUUAACAAGGACACCGAACAGAUCGUUGCUAUACUGAAGGGUCACACGAAAAAGGUGACCAAGGUUAUUUUCCACCCGGAGGAAGAUACAGUAAUUACGGCGUCGCCGGACGCAAGCAUCCGUGUGUGGCAUGUGCCCACCUCACAGACGCAGUUGCUGCUUCGCUGCCAUGAAGGGCCGGUUACGGGACUUUCAUUACACCCGACCGGAGAUUACGUGCUGUCUACGUCUUCCGAUAAGCAUUGGGCUUUCUCGGACAUCCGUUCGGGGCGCUUGCUCACGAAGGUGGCGGACACGGCCGAUCAUGGACUGACCACCGCGCAGUUCCAUCCGGACGGUCUGAUCUUCGGUACCGGAACGGAAGAUUCUCAAGUAAAGAUCUGGGAUUUGAAGGAGCAAAGCAAUGUGGCAAACUUCGCCGGCCAUACCGGACCCAUAACGGCGAUUUCGUUCUCGGAAAACGGUUAUUAUCUUGCUACUGCCGCCGACGAUGCGUGCGUGAAGUUGUGGGAUUUGCGAAAGUUGAAAAACUUCAAAACCAUUCAGCUGGACGAUGGGUACGAGGUGAAGGAUUUGUGCUUCGACCAAAGCGGAACUUAUCUUUCCAUAGCGGGCACCGACAUCCGCGUUUAUCUCUGCAAGCAAUGGCAAGAGUUGAAGGUAUUUAACGAUCACACGGCACUUGCAACAGGCGUCCGGUUCGGAAAGCAUGCACAGUACAUCGCAUCGACGAGUAUGGACCGUACACUGAAGCUGUACGGAAUUGAGUAGAGUAACGAGGGGCGUUUGUGUGUUGUGUGUAGUUUUUAAUUUUGA